AUGGAUGCUACGCAAAUUGCAGCGCGCCGCGCGGAAAUACUUAGCGCAUUUGAAGGGUUCAGGGAGGAAUUCGACGAGAAUAACGAUCGAAGAGAACGAAUAAUUAAAACCAAUCGCGACAUUACCAAUCACUCUAAAAAGCUUAUCUUUCAGCUUCACCGUAUAGCGCAGGACGAAAAUAGCGACGAGGGGCGCGACAAGGCGAUUCACAAAGCCAGGGCAAGUUUGAUGAAGUACGGGCGUUGUAUGCCAAGAUACGACCUGAACUCGAAGCUUGGCACACUACUUCUCACCAUUGAGACGAUACUUGGCAGUUCGGGUGGACUACAGGAAUUAAUCGAGGCCCUUUCCCUGCGGCACUACUUGUUGCACGGGCAAAUGAUAUCGUAUGAUCAAGUACAACAGUUCUUGACUUCGGACGAGGGCGAAAAGUACCUAUACUUGGCCGAAUCCGACUACUUGUUAGGGGUCUCCGACUUGACCGGCGAGUUGAUGCGACUCGCAAUCUCGACGAUCACCCGAAAAGGCGGCCGAGAUCGGGCACUUCAUACCGCGGCUUUUGUCAGAGCAUGUCUAGCGGAUUUCGAAUCGUUUGCGCCGCACGUCCGAGAUCUUUACAAGAAACAAAACGAGACUUCAGCAUCCCUGCGUAAAAUUGAAGAUGCACUCUAUUCAAUUCGUGUUCGUGAGUUUGAGCAUGGCAGUGAAGGCUCGUUCGACGAUAUUAUUAGUCGUUUCGCAUACCAAUUUGAAAAGCCUCAGAAUGUGCAGGACGAUGAAGGGGGCAUUGGGUACUAA